CACGGACUAUUUGGUCGUCCGUCCUACUGACGACAUUCGUGUCUCAGCAUUCGAGGCUUGUUUUAAGUUGCCUGCGAUCUUUUAAGGACUCAGGCAGCUAAAGCAAGUCUGGGACGCUGGAGGGAAAGCGCCAGGAGAAAGUGCCACCAAGAUGCACUAGACUACCAAAACGCUACAAUGAAUAUUGUAAAUACAAUGACUUUUGCAAAAAAAAAAUCUGAGCGUUAAUCUACAUGCACUGAAGAUCAUUGGGAAAGAGCAGGAAGUAAAAUGCCUCGCAUCUUUUUUUUGCAAUUCAUUAUGCAAUUAUGUAAUGUCUAUGUGACAGAAAUAGAUGAUACAUUUUCAAUAAAUGUAACGGAUUAAUCGCUGUCUUUUGUGUUUUCCAGCCUACAAACCACAUUUAGGCCUGUGUUUGACUCCCAUGUCUAAUAGCAUCACGAGCUUUAGUGAUUGUAUUAUAACACUGGGAUUUGUGUUCUGGCACUAACGGUGAACACAGGUUAACACUGGCAGACAGAACCUGUUUCAUGCGCUAUAGGUUUGCCACAGACUAGACUAAUGGCUCGUCCGUCUGUGCCAACAAACUUAUAAAGCAUGGUUUUACAUUUACGACCACGUUUCACUUCGAUUAUAUGACACAUGCUAACGUAAUGCCAGGGAUAAAAUGUUCUUGUGUACUGAAACGCAGUCAAGCGUGACUUCAAGGUAAAUACUCUCUUCCAACAUGGUGCAGGUCUUUGUGUUUGCAAAGAGGUAAAAAGGCGGAAAAAGAGAGAGGAUCUGAACUGGUUUCCAUGUCAAACACUUCAAUUCUCCAUAGAAACUCUGAUCUUAACGCUGAAACUUUAUUAAAUCCUGAUGGUGGAUUGAUAAGGCCGAAUUUCUAUCGGCUCCUUUUUAUUGUGGAGACGGGGAGGGAUGACAGAGGUAAAUUGCUCUUUUAAUUAAAGCAAUGCACCAAAGGAAAUUGCUGUCUGAAUAUUGUCUCAGAGAUGGGGCUUGUGACAGUUGCCUGGAAACAUCAAUCUGUUUCCCAUUUAUUCCAGAUCAUAGUUUUCAGAUAAAGUUUAAUAAAAAUCUUUACCCGAAUGAAAGCCAACCCUUCCAGACCAACAGACACAAUGAGACAGACCAGCGGAGGAAACCUUAUGUUUAACAUGUAUCUCUCAGAUCCUUCAGAGAAUCUCCUGAAAGAAAGUAAAAAUUCAGCAUGGAGCCCUAUGAAUACAGGAGUGCAGAAAGGUAGUGGACAAAUUCAGCUCUGGCAGUUUCUCCUCGAGUUGUUGUCGGACAGUUCCAACAUGUCUUGCAUCGCUUGGGAAGGCACCAACGGGGAAUUUAAACUGAUCGACCCGGACGAAGUGGCCCGGCGCUGGGGUGAGAGGAAAAGCAAGCCAAAUAUGAACUAUGACAAACUCAGUCGGGCUCUUCGCUACUACUACGACAAGAACAUAAUGACCAAGGUUCACGGAAAGCGCUAUGCCUACAAGUUUGACUUUCAUGGGUUGGCACAGGUGUGUCAACCGUCGUCGACCGAACAAGCCUUUUACAAGUUUCAGAGUAAUUUCACGCCGCUGCCGUUCUCAGGCAUUUCCAAGCUCAACCUGAUGGCUCCGGGCGUGAGCCACUCCGGGUUCUCCUACUGGCCCGGUUCGCCGCCGACUCUGUACCACAGCCACAACCUACAACCACCGGGGCCCUUUGGCACCGUGUCUGCGUCGCACAUAAGCUGCGUCAACAACAUAAACAACUUAAAUAAUUUGAAUACUAUCAGCAGUCCUUAUAAUUGAGAACAGGGAGUAAAUUGGAGAGUAGCAUACAGUCAUCACAGGAAUUCAAGUAAGGUCAGUUCAACGUUAAGCAGUAUUGGAUUUCUCCCCCUUGACCAUCCUCAAUCUGUUGACUGAAAUUGCCAUUUUGUCAACCCUGUAUCAACUGGGUUAUUUAUUUGCCUCAUAGUAGAUACCUUUUAGUGAAAUUAGUGACACGACGAUAUAUCAGCGCCAUCUCAUGGCUAUAAGGUAACGAAGGGCCUACUAUGCCCUGCAUAUGGAAUAAAAACUCACUGUCGUUAUUUUUGAAAACCCAAUUUUAUUCAGUCUAAAAUGUUUUGAAACAAUGACUAUGAAUUUCUUCCUCUUUUUGACCAUAGGAUGCAAUGAUGCCCGGAUCCGAUAAUGUAUAGAUGAUUUGAGGAAGAAUGUCCCUUUACAUUUCUUGAAAUAGAAUUAAUGCCGAUUCCAAACUAGUCACCAAAUUGGCCUCAAAUUUGUGCGUAUUUUUGUGCGUAAAUUUGCGAUUGUAAGUUGCGAUUGAUCCACAGUAUGCUACCAGUUCUGUCUUACUCUUUAUAUUAUCUUAUAGCAAAUUAGACAGAUGAUGAGGUAGCUCACCAACACUCUUCAGUCUUAAUAUCGCAGAAAAUGUACAAGAUGUGCCAAAGUGGAUGUCCAGACAUUUAAACUUGCCUACAUUUCACGCGGGAAACUAAUGUAUCAAUUGAUGAUUGACUUGUUUGCGGAUGACAUUGAUAGCAUCUUUGUAAGUACAGGUGAAGUAAUUGCACCGGAUUGAGCGCUAUGUUCAUAGACGUACAUUUUUGCGCGUAAUGGCAAGAGAUUGAUUCACAAGAUACCAUAUCGAAGACUCAACGAAUGUAACGCAAUUAGAUGGACAGCGUUUUGUGCCAUAUACGUAGGCCUCCUUGUUUUACUUUAUUGUUGUCUGUAUUCAAGUGAAACGAAAAUGUUGAUGGUUGAUGAGAAAAUAAAAUAGUUU